UACACUAUAAAUGAGUGACGCAAAUGAGCCUUUUUCUACUAGUGUACUUUAGGCUAUAGUAUGUAACUAGAUGUUAUGAACAUGUGUGUUGCAAAUCUGAUCUUAGAUUUUGCAACAUGAAUAUCCUAAUGUAAUGGUAAAGUCUACCUUAUUUUGCUGAGUAUAAACAGUGUCAUCUUACAUUUAGCUUCUGUAUUGUUGUGGUAAAACUAUAACUACAAUUCUUUGGGCUGUGGGCGUUUACAGGGUUAUAUCAGAUAAUGCGUACUAUGUUGCAGCAAAGGCGUGGGCUUUUGCAGAAUUACAUCACAUACUACAUGUCAAAGAGAAUGAAUUGAAAGAUGCUUUCAUGCCAAGUCUAAAACAUGGGUUCUAAUCUCUACACAUGCUUUUUAGUAAUUAAUAUAUGGAUACAUUCUAUGCUUUUAUAUGCAUAUGCAUGUGUUAGUUUACAAUUAGUAAGAAGAUAUUUGAAAAAGAGCAUAUGUUCAUUUGGAUAGCUCAAAAUAUUAAUAUCCCAUUCCAUAUAUAGAGGGUGAUCAUUCUUUAUAGCUUUAGUUUGUAAUGCAAAAAUACUUGCUGCAGAAUCGAAGAUUAGAUCGUGCAAAUUAGUAAAGCAUAAAACUAAGGAUGCAGAGUUUCCUAUUGUUGCAAAGCAACCUGUGACUGUAGUGCAAUGCCUGCCAAGUUCGCCUGCAGUAGCAACACGUAAAUCAAAACGUUCUGAAGCUUCUAUUAAUGCUGGUACACGUUGUGUUAGAUCAAGUUGUACACAGUAUAACACCAAGCGUUUAAAGGGUUUAGAGCCUGGAAUUAAUUUGAGUGACCUUGACCAGGCCACAACUGAUGUUCAUAAGACUUCAAAAGAUCCUAAAAAACGUGGCCAAAGAACAAAACAGCAAAAUGGAGUUGAAGCUAUUGCCUUGAUAUGUGAUAGAGAUGUACCUACUGAAGCUCUUAAGCUGUCUGCUCCUACAUUCUGUUCUAAGUGUUAUGCAAAAAGGUUUGCCUAUGAGCCAUUGUUCUUUUGCUGUCGGAAUGGUGGUGUCCAGUUGGCUGAAAAUCCAUGGCCACCAUAGUUGAUUUGGCUUUUUACUUCUAAGGAUAAAUUAAGCGAUCAUUUUAGAGAGUAUUGUCGCAUGUAUAAUAAUCUAUUUGCAUUUACUUCCUUGGGGGGAUCCGUUAAAGCUGAUACUAAGAAAGUAAUAUAUGUAUUCAAGUUGCACGGUCAGAUAUAUCAUAAUCUUCCUGACUUAUUACCUCAUGAUACGCGCCCCAAGUAUCUGCAGAUGUAUUUCUAUGAUGCAGAGCAUGAGAUCAGGAAUCGUACAUCUACCUUUCCACAAGUGCAGCAAGAAAUAGUUGAGCUCCUUAUGCAGAUAAUGGAGUGCAAUCCAUAUGCUCAGUUUUUCCGUUCACUGAGGGAUAUUCCUGUUGUUGAAAGCACUGAAAUUCAUUUGAACCGGAAUCCAGUUCUUGACCAGAGAGUUUACAAUGCCCCAACUGCAAAUGAGGUGGCUGUCAUAUGGUCAGAAGAAACAUCGUCUAGCAAAUAUAGCAGUGUUCAUAUUGUUGCUUAUGGUCGAAAGGAGACAGAUAAACCUCAUCGAAUUAAGCAUUAUUAUGGGUGCUAUGAUCCUCUUCAAUAUCCUCUGUUGUAUCCGCAUGGAGACAGUGGAUGGCAUGAGGGUCUAGAAAAAAUAAAUGGAACUACCAGUAGCAGACACUUGCAGGAAGAAGUUUGCCCUCUAAAGUCAAUGAACAGUUUGGAGGAUAUACUGGCUGAAGAAGAAGCAAGUGAGUCAUCAUUUUCUAUUUUUUGUGCUUCUUUUUGGCCUAAUAAGUGUUUAUUUAUUUAUGUUACUAUAUAAGUAUUAAUACUCUUUGCAGUCAGCUAAUGAGUAUUUCAUUAGGAAUAUUUAUGUGUUAAACUAUACUAAUUUUUUUAUUUAGUUCUCAUUCAUGAGCUUAUUAGC